UCACUUCAAAUCACACACUCAAUUCUCACUCCCCUUUUUCUCAACAUUAUUAUCCAAUUGUCCUGUCCAACAUGGCGCUCGUCUACGGCGUGGAGAAGAAAACGGUGCCAACCUACAUGAAGUACGUGAUGGGCGGAACCUCCGGGAUGCUGGCCACCUGCAUUGUCCAGCCAAUGGACUUGCUGAAGACCCGAAUGCAGAUAUCCGGAACCUUGGGCACUCGCGAAUACAAGAGUUCCUAUGAUGUUCUAUCAAAGGUUUUCAAAAACGAGGGCAUGCUAUCCCUUUACAACGGAUUGAGUGCUGGCUUGAUGAGACAAGCGACUUACACAACAGCCAGAAUGGGUGUUUUCCAAAUGGAAUUGGACUGGUAUCGCAAGAACUACGAGAGUGAUCCUUCAGUGGUAGCCAGCAUGACAAUGGGCAUUAUGGCCGGUGCAUUUGGAGCCAUGUUCGGCAAUCCGGCGGAGGUGGCUCUGAUCCGAAUGAUGUCCGAUAACCGUUUGCUGCCGGAACACAGACGUAACUACAAGAAUGUGGGCGAUGCUUUCGUGAGGAUCGUGAAGGAUGAGGGCGUGGUCACCCUUUGGAGGGGAUGUUUGCCCACUGUGGGUCGUGCCAUGGUGGUGAAUAUGGUGCAACUGGCCUCUUAUUCCCUGAUGAAGGACCACCUCCGUGGUUAUCUCAAUGAGGGGAUACCUCUUCACAUGAGCGCCGCUGUGGUGUCUGGAUUGCUGACCACAUUGGCUUCGAUGCCACUGGACAUGGCCAAAACGCGCAUUCAGCAGAUGAGAAUGAUCGACGGUAAGCCGGAAUAUGCUGGAACCAUUGAUGUCCUUAAGAAGGUGCUGAAGAACGAGGGAGCCUUCGCCAUGUGGAAAGGAUUCACACCCUACCUCAUCCGCAUGGGUCCACACACGGUAUUUUCCUUCGUCUUCCUGGAGCAAAUGAACAAGGCCUACAACAAACAUAUGCUUGGCGAUUCACCAUCCGAUCCGGCGACCUAAGACUAUAACUAAGGGCUAUCCUAAUUAUCCACGAUCCUUUGUCAACUUUUUCACCCUCAAACAGAUUGAAAUUGAUCCGAUAUAUCUCUGUAAAAUGUGUAUGUUCUGUAAAGGAACUAUUUUCAUAUUAUAUAAAAAAAGUAAUAUUCUAUAUACCAAAAUAAAUUGGGCAACAAAAAAAAAAAAUAUAUGAA